GGGGCGGCAGAGGGCGUGAUGGUGUGUUACUUCGGGUCAAGGGCCGUGUACCGCCCAGGAGACGGCAAGUUUGACGUGGAUGACAUCGAUCCCUUCAGGUGUUCCCACAUCAUCUAUAGCUUCGCUGGCCUGGACGACGACAACAAGAUUAAGGUGCUGGAUCCCUUGAAUGACCUCUGCGAUAACAACGGGAGAUGCGCCCUUGAUCGGUUCACGAGGCUCAAGGAGAGGAACCCUAGCUUGGUGACUCUGUUGGCAGUCGGUGGAAGGAACGAACGCUCAGCUAGGUACUCUGCGAUGGCAGCAGAUCCAGCCGCCAGGAAGAUCUUCGUGGAUUCCGCCAUCGAGCUGCUGAAGAAACACAACUUUGACGGUCUUGACGUUGACUGGGAGUACCCGACCCAGAGCGGAGGCGCCCCCGCGGACAAGGCCAGCUUCGUCCUGCUGUUAUCUGAGCUGAAGGCCGCCCUGCAUGCCAGCGGGAUGAUGCUGAGCGCUGCCCUUUCCGCUAGGAGGAACAUUAUUGACGAGGCUUAUGACGUCCCCGGCGUGGCCCAGAACCUCGACCUCCUGAACCUGAUGACCUACGACUUCCACGGACCCUGGGAGCCCGAAACCCAACAUCAUUCCGCACUCUAUGGCCAGCCUGCCGAUACUGGAGCCAAUGCGUAUCUUAAUCAGGACUCCGCCGUCAACUACUGGAUUACACAGGGAAUGCCUGCCAAAAAGAUAUCCCAAGGAGUACCUCUGUAUGGCCGCUGCUGGACCCUGAGCAGCAGCCCCAACACCGGCUACUACGCCCCCGCCAGCCAGCCAGGGGCCCCAGGACCAUACACAAAUCAGGCCGGAUUCUUGGGGUACAAUGAGAUUUGCGAGAGCAUACAUAACAAUGGCUGGACUGUGGUGAACGACCCUGGUAGGAACGAACCUUACGUGUACAGCAUCGCGGACAACAUCUGGUGUUCGUACGAGGACCAGAACUCUCUGCAGAGGAAGGCCCGGUACGCCGAGAAUCGCGGUCUGGCCGGCUUGAUGGUGUGGAGCAUUGACACUGAUGACUUCAGGGGCAAGUGUGGCCACAAAUUCAACCUAAUCAAGACCCUGAGGGAAACCUACCCUGGCAGAGACAUCAUCCCGCCGAUCACACAGGACACCCCUACCAUUACGCUCUUCAGCACCCAGUCGAUCAUCUGUGAUUCGGACAUCGUGGGCUUCAUUGUUGCCUCCUGA